UCUUUUGUUUUCCAUUUUGGGGAGGUUUAUGUUCUCAACAUAAAGAAAUAAAACUCAAAAUAAGAAGCUCUGAAUAUCUCCUAUUCUCACCCUCUUUUUCAAUUGCUAUCCUGUAUAUUCUUGUUCUCUAAAAAAACACAAACUAUCCCUUGGAACGACUAUCCUUCACAAUGACCACUAUUCUACCCAAUGAUUCCAAAAGCUCCUCUUGCAAUAUAGUUAGUUACCUAUGCUAUUCACGAAUUGCUUGGAUAUCCCCUAAAAGACAAACCAUUCGUGUAAGUUCAGUUUUCACAAGCAGCAGCUUUCUCUCCUUCCCUUCAAUCUCAUUCUUUUGAUUUGGGGUGUCGAAAUUCUUCAUUCGCCCUCUCUCCAUUGAUCCAAGUAUCCCAUUUCUUUGUGCUCUCAAUUCUUAUGGAAUCUCAACGACCCAAGCGAAAAGCAGCAGAAGCAGCUAUUGCGUCUCUUGCUCAGUCGCAACAGUCUCCUAAAAGAAGCACUCCGUCUUCCUCAAGAAAAGGCAGAAAAAAUAGAAAACAACAAGAAGAGAAGACUGUCGAAACGAUAACCGUAGUACCCCUAGAGAAUGAAAACGUAGAAAAGGAAACAAUACAAGAGGCACUAUCCUCGAAAACAAUAAAAGAAAACGAAACAAGGGCAAGUACGGUAGAACAAGGUACACCACAGGAAACCGAAGAGAUAGUGCACAAGCCAAAUACGGAAAACCCACAGGAGCAGGACUUUACAACCUCGUCAAAUAGAAAUGACGAAACAGCUGACGUCCAAGCGUCACCCGAGACCAUCAAAGUUGCAAUAGAGUUGAAUAGCUCAAUAUUGUCACCACCUCUGUUAGGUGCAAGUAGCAACGAGCCAGUGAAUCCAGAAAGUCCUCGAGAAGAAGUCUCCAACAAUAUUGCAGUCAACAAUAUAGUGGAGGAAUCAUCUGAACGGCCGCAGCCUCCCAGAGAAACUGUAGAUGUUGCCUCGAACCUCGUAUAGCUCCAAUAUGUCUUUCUGCAACGUUUUGUUUGUUUAUGAUGCCAUUUCUACUGUCUUGGAAUUGUUUUGUAAUAGAGUGUUCCUCGAAUUUAUAAACUAGUUUUCGCUGUG